UUAAAAUCAUUAAACAUGAACAAGAACUUUGGGCGGUCGGACGGACGGACGGAGAGGAUGUAGUUGAAUGUUUUUAUAGCUCAACAUUGACAAAAAUGCUCAUUUGAAGCCGAAUUGAUUCUUGUAUAGCUGAAUGAUAGGCUUUGGUGGCGUGCAUAUGUGGAAAAAACGUUUGAGACACUGACAGCAUUGCAUAGACAGCCAGCGGGGAAGAAUGGCUGGAAGUGUUGUGUUAACGUUGGCUGUUAACUAGCUAGCGUUAGCACUAGCCAACCGACUAGCUAGCGUUAGCACUAGCCAACUGACUAGCUAGCGUUAACACUAGCCAACUGACUAGCUAGCGUUAGCACUAGCCAACUGACCAGCUAAACCGUCACAUUCACUGCGCAUGAACUCAUUGCGUUGGGAUUUAUUAGGACUGGAAAUAUAGCUUGCUAGCCGCUUACAUUAUUACAGUUGUCUUACAAUAUUUAAUGCGUGGAAACCCUUGAGCAUCACUGGUGCUUUUGUUGUGGAUACAGGAAGAACUUUCCAAUCCACACGACCAUCGCGUCAAACCCGUAGUUCACGAACAUGAUCAAAUUCAUAUGCCGUAUCAAUGCAUGAAAUCAAGAUGAACAGGAAGAAGGACAAGGGAUUUGAGAGCCCGCGGCCUUUUAAAUUGACUCACCAGGUUGUCUGCAUCAACAACAUCAACUUCCAAAGAAAGUCUGUGAUUGGCUUUGUGGAGCUGACCAUCUUCCCAACUGUGGUCAACCUGAACCGGAUCAAACUCAACAGCAAGCAGUGCAGGAUCUACAGGGUUAGAGUCAACGACCUAGAAGCACCAUUCAUUUACAAUGACCCUACUCUAGAGGUCUGCCACCACGAGUCCAAGCAGAGGAACCUGAACUAUUUCUCCAGUGCCUACACAGCAGCAGUCAGUGCUGUGGACCCUGAUGCAGGACACGGCGAGCUGGUCAUCAAAGUCCCCUCGGAGCUGUGGAAGCAAGGAGACGAGAUGAAUGUGCUGAAGGUGUACAUAGAGUUCUCUCUGGACCAGCCUAAAGGAGGCCUUCACUUUGUGGUGCCUGACGUAGAGGGGAGCAUGGCUGAGAGAGGAGCACACGUCUUCUCCUUCGGAUACCAGAACUCCACAAGGUUCUGGUUCCCCUGUGUGGACUCGUACUCUGAGCUGUGCACCUGGAAGCUGGAGUUCACAGUGGAUGCCUCUAUGGUGGCUGUGUCCUGUGGGGACUUGGUAGAGACUGUCUACACCCAUGACAUGAGGAAGAAGACCUUCCACUACGUCCUCCCCAUCCCCACCGCCGCCUCCAACAUCUCACUGUCUGUCGGGCCCUUUGAGAUCCUGGUUGACCCCUACAUGCAUGAGGUGACCCACUUCUGUUUGCCCCAGCUCCUGCCCCUGUUGAAACACUCCAUGUCCUACCUGCAUGAGAUCUUUGAGUUCUACGAGGAGAUCCUGACCUGUCGAUAUCCUUACUCCUGCUUCAAGACUGUGUUUGUGGACGAGGCCUACGUCCAGGUGUCUUCCUACGCGUCGAUGAGCAUCUUCAGUACUAAUCUGCUCCACAGUGCCAUGAUCAUAGACCAGACCCCCCUGACCAGACAGUGUUUAGCUCAGGCCCUGGCCCAGCAGUUCUUUGGCUGCUUCAUCUCCAGGAUGUCCUGGGCUGAUGAGUGGGUGCUGAAGGGGAUCUCUGGCUACAUCUAUGGUCUGUACCUGAAGAAGACCUUUGGAGUGAACCAGUACCGCCACUGGAUCAAAGAGGAACUGGACAAGAUGGUGGAGUAUGAGCUGAAGAUGGGAGGAGUUCUCUUACACCCGACCUUCGGUGGAGGCAAAGACAAGGACAACCCUACCCCUCACCUCCACUUCUCCAUCAAGCACCCUCACACCCUGUCCUGGAAGUACUACAAGAUGUUCCAGUGUAAAGCCCACCUGGUAAUGAGGCUCAUUGAGAACAGGAUCAGCAUGGAGUUCAUGCUGCAGGUGUUCAACAAGUUACUAAGCCUGGCCAGUACAGCGUCCUCACAGAAGUACCAGUCACAUAUGUGGAGUCAGAUGCUGGUAUCCACCCACAGCUUCCUCAAGUCCAUCUCCAACGUGUCGGGGAAGGACAUAGGACCCCUCAUCAAGCAGUGGGUAGACCAGAGUGCGGUGGUGAAGUUCUUUGGCAGUUUUGCCUUCAACAGGAAACGGAACGUUCUAGAACUGGAGAUCCGACAGGACUACACCUCCUCUGGAACACAGAAAUAUGUGGGACCCAUCAAGGUGACAGUACAGGAGCUGGAUGGAUCCUUCAACCACACGCUACAGAUCGAAGAGAACAGCCUGAAGCACGACAUCCCCUGCCACUCCAAGAGCAGACGAAACAAGAAGAAGAAGAUCCCUUUGAUGAACGGGGAGGAGGUUGACAUGGACCUGUCUGCUAUGGAUGCGGAUUCUCCUUUGCUGUGGAUCCGGAUCGAUCCAGACAUGUCUAUCCUGCGUAAGGUGGAGUUUGAGCAGGCAGACUUCAUGUGGCAGUACCAGCUCAGGUACGAACGGGACGUAGUGGCCCAGGAGGAGUCUAUUUUAGCCCUGGAGAAGUUCCCCACGCCGGCCUCCCGUCUGGCCCUCACUGACAUCCUAGAACAGGACCAGUGUUUCUACAAGGUCCGCCAGGGGGCCUGCUUCUGCCUCGCCAAGAUAGCCAACUCCAUGAUGAGCACCUGGACCGGUCCUCCAGCCAUGAAGUCUCUGUUCACCAGGAUGUUCUGCUGUAAGAGCUGUCCAAACAUCGUCAAGACCAACACCUUCAUCAGCUUCCAGAGCUACUUCCUACAGAAGACCAUGCCUGUAGCCAUGGCUCAGCUCAGAGACAUCCAGAACCUCUGUCCCAAAGACGUCCUCAACUUCAUCCUGGACCUCAUCAAGUACAACGACAACAGGAAGAACAAGUUCUCUGACAACUACUACCGUGCCGAGCUGAUUGAUGCCCUCACCAACUCCCUGACCCCGGCCAUCAGCAUCAGUAACGAGGUGCGCACCGUGGACAACCUCAACGGAGACGUACGCCUCAUCCUGGAGGAGAUCACACGGUCUCUUAACAUGGAGAAACUACUGCCCAGCUACCGCAACACCAUCACUGUCAGUUGUCUCAGAGCUAUCCGGAUGCUUCAGAAGAAUGGUCAUAUUCCCAGUGACCCCUCUCUGUUUAAAUCCUAUGCAGAAUAUGGACACUUUGUGGAUGUGCGUGUCGCAGCACUGGAAGCUGUGGUGGACUACACAAGAGUUGACAGGAGCUCCGUGGAACUGCAGUGGCUGCUCAACAUGGUCCAGAAUGAUCCGGCUCAUUACAUCAGACACAAGAUUUUAAGCAUGCUGGGUAAAAACCCUCCCUUCACCAAAGCAGCCGAGUCUCCUCUCUGCAACGAGGCUCUGGUCGACCAGCUGUGGAAACUCAUGAACUCAGGUACGUCUCAUGACUGGCGUUUACGGUGUGACGCGGUGAAUCUGUACUACACUCUGUUUGGUCUGACUCGUCCCUCCUGCCUGCCCCUGCCCGAGCUGGGCCUGGUACUCAACCUCAAGGAGAAGAAGGCUGUCCUCAACCCCACUAUCAAGCCUGAACAGGGACCAGACACCACAGAGAUGACUGGCAACACCAUGGGCGUUCAUAUCCCUGUCAUGGGCUUCACUAGCAGUCUGGAUGAGGGCCUGAUCACCAUGGAGACAGUGUCCAGCGUGUCUAUGUCCAGUGGUGUGGCCCCGCCCCCUCAGGGUCUGAAGAGGAAGUUGGACAGUGUAGUUGGUCCGCUGGGCUCGUCCCCACCGGAGCCAGGCCAGGUACUGCAGGAAGAGGACACCAGUAAAAAAUUCAAGAUCAGAUUCAACACCAUGGAGGAAGAUGAGAUUGACAUGGAGAGUCCCCAUGACAGCCAGGCGUUCAUCCACCACCACCUCAACAUCCUGGAGAGGCCAUCCACACCAGGUAAGGAACCUCCAGCCGUGGACCAGGCCGUCCUCUCCCUGCCUGUCACCCCCUUACCUUCUUCCUUCAGCAAAGAGUCCACCUCUUCCUCCAAACACAGCGGUGACCACCACCAUCACCACCACCACCACGAGCACAAGAAGAAGAAGAAGAAGAAGCACAAACAUAAACACAAACACAAACAUGAGAGUAAAGACAAGGAGAGGGACUCCCAUGCCUUCAGUAACAGCCCUGCUAGUGGACGCUCCGUGAGGUCUCCAUCCAUGUCUGACUAGAACACAGCUCUGUCUCCUGGUUGGUCCUUCAGUAACAGCCCUGCUAGUGGACGCUCCGUGAGGUCUCCAUCCAUGUCUGACUAGAACACAGCUCUGUCUCCUGGUUGGUCCUUCAGUAACAGCCCUGCUAGUGGACGCUCCGUGAGGUCUCCAUCCAUGUCUGACUAGAACACAGCUCUGUCUCCUGGUUGGUCCUUCAGUAACAGCCCUGCUAGUGGACGCUCCGUGAGGUCUCCAUCCAUGUCUGACUAGAACACAGCUCUGUCUCCUGGUUGGUCCUUCAGUAACAGCCCUGCUAGUGGACGCUCCGUGAGGUCUCCAUCCAUGUCUGACUAGAACACAGCUCUGUCUCCUGGUUGGUCCUUCAGUAACAGCCCUGCUAGUGGACGCUCCGUGAGGUCUCCAUCCAUGUCUGACUAGAACACAGCGCUGCCGCCUGGUUGGUCCAGAGCUAUGAAACACAAUAUUAUCUGCAAGAGAGACUGAGCUGUGAAACAUCACCCUCAAGACUAGACUCCAACUGUCAGUGGUUCAACUCCUCUGAAUAGACCUUACUGGUUUGCUACAUGUCAACUAGCCUGGAAUCCAUACUAAAUAUGUUUCACUGUUUAAAUCGGAGCUAUGUUUAGUUUGGAUUUGGAAAGUGGAGCCAUAUUCAGUGUGGAUUCCCGGCUGGCCUUGCAGUCAAUGUGGGGGGGGGAGUGUAGCCUAACCGACAUUCUGUGACGUCUUCAUUAACCACACUGAGAGGCAGACCUGUGUGCCUCUCCAGAAGGGAGCCCUUUGGUUUUAAAAGCAUCCCAGUCUCCAAUCACCUUAACCACACUCAGACACACCCACCACACACACACUUCUGGCUGUGCCUGUCUGUCUCCUACCAUCAUCAACAACAUGUUCAGUUAGUGGCUGUCCUCACAAGUCUUUCCCUGUGUUUUAUUAUGUUGCCCUGGACACAGGGAAUUACAGGUUUACUUUAACCCUGCAAUUAAACUAAGAGGGGAAAUUACACUCUCAUUCAGAGAUCCGAUCAAUUCAAAGGUGGUAGAAUCAAGAAUGAGAUGUUUCUAAACGUUUAGGAUGUAGAAUUUAUAGCAAAAUAAAAAUUAUAAUAUAAAUAAUUAGGCUGACCUGCAGUAGACCAUGACUGUUUUGCGUUCUAAACCGCACCCUAUUCGUUAUAUAGUACACUCUGUUUGACCAGGGCCCAUACGGCUCUGGUGAAAAGUAGUGCAUUUUAUUGGGAAUAGGGUGCCAUUUUGGAUGUAGCAUGACUAAUAGCCUAAUUGCUGCCCUGUAUGACAUGACCAUAGUGAAGAGUCAUUGGGUUGUUCUAUACCAGUUUCUACCCAUGCAUGUUUUAACUGUUUGUUUUUACUGUUAAGUCAUUAGAUUGUGUUCUCCUUGUCCCUCACCCAAUCAGUAACUAGAUUGUGGGUGGUCUCCUUGUCCCUGACCCAAUCGGUAACUAGAUUGUGUUCUCCUUGUCCCUGACCCAAUCAGUAACUGUUCUUUAUAUUCAUUAUGUACUGUAGUUGUGUUGGAACCUUUUCUUCUAGGUAGGACAGGACUACAUUAUCAUGAAGAUGUUGGAAAAUAAAGCUUCUGAUGUCAAGAA